GUGAUCUAUCAUAGAAACAAAGAACAGAUGCUUCAACUCCUGAAGGAGGGGGCAGACCCACACACCCUGGUUUCCUCCGGAGGAUCCUUACUCCAUCUGUGUGCUCGGUAUGACAAUGCCUUCAUCGCAGAGAUCCUGAUUGACAGAGGCGUCAAUGUCAACCACCAGGAUGAAGACUUCUGGACACCCAUGCACAUUGCCUGUGCGUGUGACAAUCCUGAUAUCGUCCUGCUUCUUGUACUAGCUGGAGCCAAUGUCCUCCUCCAGGAUGUCAAUGGAAACAUCCCGUUGGAUUAUGCCGUAGAAGGAACGGAAUCCAGUGCCAUCCUGUUGACUUAUCUGGAUGAAAAGGGAGUGGAUCUGACUUCACUGCGUCAGAUGAAGCUUCAGAGACCCAUGAGUAUGUUAACAGAUGUCAAACACUUCCUGUCAUCUGGAGGCAAUGUCAAUGAGAAAAAUGACGAAGGAGUGACUUUGUUGCACAUGGCGUGUGCAAGUGGCUACAAGGAGGUGGUGUCUCUUCUCCUGGAACAUGGCGGGGACCUCAACAUGGCAGACAAUCAGUACUGGACUCCCCUCCAUCUGGCGGCCAGAUAUGGCCAGACAAACUUGGUGAAACUUCUUCUGAUGCAUCAGGCAAACCCAAACCUCAUGAACUGUAACGAAGAGAAGCCAUCAGAUAUCGCUGCAUCUGAAUUUAUUGAGGAAAUUCUGCUGAAAGCUGAAGUUACCUGGGAAGAAAAAAUGAAAGAGCCUUUAUCUGCUUCUUCCCUGGCACAAGAGGAGCCCUAUGAAGAGAUCAUUCAUGAUCUUCCAGCACUUUCCAGUAAGCUCAGUCCUUUGGUGCUACCAAUUGCCAAGCAAGACAGCUUGUUGGAAAAAGACAUUAUGUUCAAAGAUGCAACAAAGGGCCUAUGUAAGCAACAAUCUCAGGACAGCACCCCUGAAAACCCCACAAUGAGUGGCCCCGGCAAGCUUGAGCAGGUCAAGCUGAUGCCUCCAGCUCCUAACGACGACCUGGCCACACUCAGUGAACUCAAUGAUGGCAGCCUGCUCUAUGAGAUUCAGAAGCGCUUUGGAAACAAUCAGAUAUACACUUUUAUUGGGGACAUCCUCUUGCUGGUUAACCCUUACAAGGAGCUUCCAAUUUAUUCUUCCAUGGUCUCCCAGCUGUAUUUCAGCACCUCAGGGAAGCUGUGCUCCAGUCUGCCUCCUCACCUCUUCUCCUGCGCAGAGAGAGCCUUCCACCAGCUCUUCCAGGAGCAGCGCCCUCAGUGUUUCAUUCUCAGCGGGGAGAGGGGAUCAGGGAAGUCUGAAGCCAGCAAACAAAUCAUGAGGCAUCUGACCUGCAGGUCGGGCUCCAGCAGGGCCAUCUUGGAUUCCAGACUUAAACAUGUCAUGUGCAUCUUAGAAGCCUUUGGACAUGCCAAGACAACGCUUAAUGAUUUGUCCAGUUGCUUCAUAAAGUAUUUUGAACUCCAGUUCUGUGAGAGGAAAAGACAAUUAACUGGAG